AUGCCUUCGGCCCCGCAGCUCGGCGCCCUCGGGCACACCUUCACCGCCAUGCGCGCGAUGCAGUUCGCCAGCCUGAUUGCCAUCAUCGGCAUGACGAGCAACUUCAUCUCCGAGAUCAACGCCGCCGACGCCUCGAGCCCGAGCGUCUUGAUCGGGACUCUGGUAGUUUCCUGCAUCGCAACCCUCUACAUCGUCAUCUCCUACAUCCUCUACUACGACUCCCUCCUCCCGCUCCUCCUCGCAACGGCGCUCGACUCCAUGCUGCUCGUCGCCGUCAUCGUCGUCGCCUGCACCCUCGGCAAGCCCCUCUCCUACCUCAACUGCGCCGCCCUCCCCUCCUCCGGCAGCACCGCCACCUUCAUGACCUCCGUCAUCGCCAACUCGGGCGCCUCCUCCACCCUCAACUACUUCAUCUGGGUCGGCGCCGACCAACGCACCUGCUACGCCGUCAAGGCCGUCUGGGGCCUCUCCAUCGCGCUGUGCGUGCUCUUCGCCUUCUCCGCCAUCACCGCCGUCUGCCUCUGGCGCCGCCUCAAGGUCGUCUCCGCCCCGAAGGACAUUGAGAACUGA